AUGGAGUCACUCAAGGCUCCAAUCCAGGCUGAGCCACCACACGCCGUCCCUAGCACACCGGCCACCGGGCCGGUGACACGCACUCCAACUGGCGACCACGAGCACUACCAAAGGAGGACCGCCCAAAAAAACUCUCCCCCGUUAUCUUCCUCUCUCUCCCUUACUCGACGGAAAACCACAACCCAUAGGCGUCAUACGAACUCCGACAGCAACUCCGGCGGCCCGACUACCACGGCGACCCUCUCUCCGGUAGUGGAAUUGGCUGAGCCAUCAAUAAGAGACGAAUUCGGUUUGUGUGUUCAACGAGGGGCACAUCGCGUGAUCGUUAGCCCAUUCUUUCUUUUCCCUGGAAGGCAUUGGUACCAGGAUAUCCCAUCUUUAACUGCUGAUGCUGCAAAGGAUUACCCUGGUGUAUCGUAUAUGAUAACUGCACCACUCGGCCUGCACGAGCUGCUUGUGGAUGUCAUAAAUGAUAGGAUCAAACACUGCUUGAGCCAUGUAGCCGGAGAAGCCGAUGAGUGUGCGGCUUGUACCGGAACAAGGAAAUGCAAGCUCUAUGGACUCAUGGAUGUAAUUAGAAAUUAAGUUUUUGGGAUUGAAUAUAGGGAUCCGAGGGUUCCUAUUUUACGAAAGUUGAAAUCGUUGCAUAUGAAAUAACCCAACGG